CAGGAAUUUGCUCGCUCAGAGCGGGUAUGAUAAAGUUGUGUCCCACAACAUUGAUUUGUGACUUCUUUUUCACAGUACUGUGUACUGACAGUGAAAGUGGACAGACGUCCAGUACCGUAGAGGGGGAAGAAGAAUGGCUUCCUCGCUGUCCACUACUGGCAGUCCUCAGCUUGCUCUUUUCACUUGUGUAAUGCUGUUGCUUUCCAUGUCACCUAGUGAUAAGCUAUGUGCUGGACAGGUGAAUGGAUAUGAUCCUACUUUCGAUGAUACUUCCAAUUUCCCGACAUGGCUGCAUCUUGCAAGACUGUGUGCUGCUUCGUACGAGAGUCCCAACGACGUUCGCAAUGGCAAUUGCCAAGUGUGCACUCGCUACCUGACCCGAUUCACUCCAAGCGCAAUCGUGGAAAAUGGAAACUUCCAGACCAGUGCUUUGAUCGGUUUUGACCGAACGCUUGAGGAGUCAGGUACCAUUGUUGUCGCAUUCCGUGGCACCAAUAACCUGCAGAACUGGAUUCAGAAUAUCGACUUUCGCAGAGUAGUUCCGGACAUCUUCCUGGGCAGAUCUAGAGUGUCUCCGAUCAGUCGCGGUGACAUUGGCCUUGUGCACAUGGGAUUCUUAGACGCUUACAUGUCUCUCAGAGCCGGUGUGCUGGCCGCUGUCACACAGCUACGUGGCCAGUAUCCGCAAGCACCUAUCAACAUAACGGGACAUUCCCUCGGCGGAGCCAUUGCUGCCCUGUGUGCACUAGACCUGGAGAUUGAGUCCCAGGAUGAUUUUCCCGUGCGUAUCACCAUGACAGACUUUGGUGCACCGCGUGUCGGCAGUGAAGACUGGGUCGAGGUGUACAGUAGUCGCGUUGGAAGAAGUCUACGUGUUGUCCACCGUGUUGAUCUAGUACCUAAACUACCCCUGGCUAUCAUGGGGUUCAAGCAUGACCCCAGGUAUUACCUGGACCCAAGGGACUCCCUCAAUCCGCUUACAAGCCAUGUUGUCUACCUUGGUAUACGUAUCAGCAAUGGUGGCACACCAGUGGAGAGAAGGCGCUCUCCAUCUCAACGUCGCUCCGUUGAGAAAUCUGGCAAAACCACUCCAGUGGAUACUACCAAACCAUCUAACGACGACAGUAUCAGUCACAAAGUUGCAGCAGUCCAAGCUGAGGAGACUGUUGUCUACAAGUUUGGCAAGUCCACGGCUUAGUGAACCAGAUAUGUUGGUCUGGGACAGUACAGCCACUGGUAGCAUUAGCUAGUAACCAAGUAAUUUUAGUUAGUCACUGAUGUUCUGCUUUCUUAUUAAUUUUAGAUAACGGAUGCAUUGACAUGACUAUCCGCAUACACACACGCACCAUAGAUACAACACAUUUGCAUAAACACUCACACAUACACACACUCACACGCGCACGCAUUGAUGUUCACUCAUGCUUUCCUAGAUGUGGAGGAUUUGCUUUUACUUCAUUGGCAAUGUACAUGUAGCUACUCACAUUCUCUGAUGUAGGAAUAGAAGUAGAGUGUUCAAAAACACCUUUGUUUGCUGCAUAUUAAUCAUUGCUAUUAGAUUUUGUAGGAUCGUCCUCACCCAAGUGUGUAGGAGCUGUAUAGCACGGUAAUUGAGGGAGAAAGCAGGACCCAGUCGUUGCCAUGGAUAAACCGUGAGCAAUAAUUGUACUAGCAUGAUGCCAAUAGCAGCUGAAUACUGCAUUCUAAUGCCAUACGGAAGCACAUGUAAUACAAGAAAAAUAGAGAUGUAGUAAGCUCAA